UGUGUCUAAACUGCCGGCGAGUUUAACAAAAUAUUUUACCAAUAGCAGCGAUGUCGGGCAGGUCGGUCCGCGCCGAGACACGGAGUAGGGCGAAAGAUGACAUCAAGCGGGUUAUGGCUGCUGUUGAGAAAGUACGAAAUUGGUAAGAGGGAACGCGUUAUCUAAGAGAGCAGCAAAUGCUAGUGGGGGGAGGAGAGACCAGGAGAAGAAAGAACGAAAUACACACUAAAUCAAAUUUGGUCGGAUGCUACCUCGGCUCAGGUGUACUGCACCCUCUCGCCUUGAUCUGGGAGGAGGUCGCCGCUUAAAACACUUAUAAUGGAGAAGAAAUGGGUAACUGUCGGCGACACAUCCUUGCGAAUCUACAAGUGGGUGCCUGUGACCGAACCCAAGUCAAAUGAUAAGAGCAAAAACAAGAAGAAAGCCAACAACGACAAGUAUGGGUCGGAGAUCACAACACCAGAAAACAGCUCCUCUCCCGGAAUGAUGGAUAUGCAUGAUGAUAACAGUAACCAGAGCUCCAUUGCUGACUGCUCUCCCAUGAAGCAGGAAAACAGCAACAGUGCCAGCCCUGCCCAAGAGGCCAUGGCAACUUCCCAGAGUGACAGCAUUGAGGCCAAGAGUGACCAGAGUCGGUCCCCUGGCAAAGAGCAGCUGAAGAGCACAGACAGCAAGAGUGGAAAUGUUCACCCCUCAGCAUUUUCAAACACAAGCACACCUAAGAGAGACCGAAGGUCCACUGGAAGGAAUGAACCAUCCUCGGACAGUCCUCAAGAUUCUCAGGAAUCUGAAGAUGGCACUCCUCCCAAUAAGAAGGGGAAGUUGGAAACUCCCUCAGAUUUCCUCAAAACCAGCUAACUUAUCUUUUACCAUCACCAAUUCCUUGAUCUGUUGCCAUGUCCUCAGCCCUCCUGUGUCUUAAUUUCUUUAUUCUUCUGAAUUGGUCCAAGUGACAUCGAGCACCCACCUCUACCCCAAAAAAGACUUUAAAACUUAAACUAAACCAGGAUCAGCUGGAUGGGGCAGUGUCGACCUAAACUGCAGCUAAAUCUCAUUUUGCCACACAUCUGCUAUUUUUGUUCUUAAGUAUAUGUACAUAUAUUUAGUUUUUGUUCAUGCGGGUCAACACACUGUUUGAAUCCUCUUAAGAUCUGUUGGUUUUGCUGCUGUUCUGUUUAUUACUUUGACAGUAAAACAUUUAGUUAAUUUAACUAAAGACAAUACCUACAUAUUUCGUGCCAUUCAGUCAGUCGCAUAUCUAUUUCCUUUUCUCCUUAUGGAAACUCACUUUUAGCAUAGUCCUGCUACCAGAUUAGUUGUGUACCUUGAAUUACCAGAAUAAUGAGAAACAUGUUGAUUUGUUUAAAUUGUAUGUAUACUUCAAUCUGGUAUAACAAGUGCCCAGUUUUUGUUAACCUGUAAAGCAUUUUUCAGUGCAUAUGUAGGCUGUUUGGUUAUAGAUGGCUCUUUGAAUACCUCACUGGAGUCCAGCAGUGCUGGCAACACUAUGUAUAGAUUAUUAAACUAAGUAUAACCUUUUAUUUGAAAAAUGUAAGUAGCCUAAAUAGUUGUUUCCUCGUUAGUCUUUGCACAGCUAAAAAUGCCAUUUUAAAUUAUGGCCUGGCUACAGAAAGUCUAAUGUUGACUGAUGUCUUUUGGGACCCUUAUGUUAUUUUAUUGUAUAUACAUUUCAGUUGGUAUUGAUUCUAUAAUGUAAAAAUAAGUUUAAACCUGUUACACAGCUACAAUGCAGAGUGUAGGCAGCAUGUUGCCAUAUCAUGUACACCAAGGUUCCCUAACGGGCAGGCUGAGUUUGCCUAAACAAAACAAUUUUAUACAGUGCAUUUGCGAAGUACUCAGACCCCUUGACCUUUUCCAUAUUUUGUUACAAUAAAGCCUUGUUCUACA